AAACGGAAGUGCGGAAGGAGCGGAAAUGGCAGGCAAAAGGCGGAAAAUUGGAGGGGAACUGCAAAGCUACACACAAACAAACAGAAAGGCAAAAGAACAGCCAAGUGUGCAGUCAAAGUGGAGAACAAGCAGAAGCUAUCCCUAACAGCACGUCGAGUUGGCGUCGAUGGCAGAGCGAGGACCAAGAAUGAAGUAUGCGGUUGCAAACAGCGUGCUCACGGCUAUGCUUCUGGAGCCGACGUAUGCCAGCGCAAAGACGACAAUCGCCUUUACGACUUUGGUUCUGAACAAGUUGUGGCACCACAUGACUUCAAAGUCGUCGACAAUGAAUCGACCACCGAUGCGGCCGAGGAGGACGCAUAUGGCAACAAGAGCUGGUUCGAAAGCAGAUGCCGGAUCCUUCAUUGAUUCUGGGAAUGCUUUGUCCUUUUCCCUGUGUUUUUUUUCUUGCUUGGAGUCCCACUCUCGUCAAAGAGAUGGUUGUAUCGAGGAUUGGACCGCAUGAGACCCACGGUGAAGUUCAUCGUCGAGACCGGGUCCGUGGGGUUGAUGUCGAGUUCGAGGUCGUUGUCGAGUUGGCGCGGUGGUGGUGAUGCUGGUGGUAGAGGCUGGGUUGGCACAGUCAGUGAUUGUGUGGAUGGUUUU